AUGGACCUCGGUAAUUGUUUCGGCUUCUCAUGUCAAGAUCACCGUCUCCUCACAUCUUUCAUCUGCUUCAAUCGACCUAAGUUUUCUCACUGUACAUACCUGCAGCUUUUCUUUCAAAAGCUGGUUCUCAACUUUAUAUUAACAAAUAUGUCACAAGAAACCUUCAAAGGCUGGGUAGCGCACGACUCCAAAAGCCCUCUCGUCUACACAGAGUUCACCCCCAAGACCUGGGCAGAAACCGACAUUGAAAUCCGCGUCUCCCACUGCGGUAUCUGCGGCACAGACAUCCACACCCUACGCUCAGGCUGGGGUCCAACGGACUACCCAUGCGUAGUCGGCCACGAAAUCAUCGGCACCGUCUCGCGCAUCGGAUCAAGCGUCGCCAGCUUGCCACCUCCCUCCAAUAAAUUCAGACUCGGAGACCGCGUCGGCGUCGGCGCGCAGAGCGGCUCAUGCCUUCGCGCAGACUGCGAAGCUUGCGCCGAUGGACAAGAAAGCUAUUGCGCGCGCAUGACCGGGACAUAUAAUGGGCGAUACCUCGAUGCGCAGCGAUCGAAGUCAUAUGGUGGUUUUGCCGAUACGUGGCGCGGACCUGCGCAUUUUGUCUUCCGGAUCCCGGACGCUUUGCCAUCCGCUGAGGCGGCGCCGUUGCUCUGUGGUGGUGUUACUGUUUUCGCACCGCUGCGAAAAUACGGCGUCGGACCUGGCAAGACUGUGGGGAUUAUUGGAAUUGGGGGGCUGGGACAUAUGGGAAUCCUGUUUGCGCGAGCACUUGGAGCUGACCGGGUGGUUGCUAUUUCGCGAUCAUCUGGGAAGAAGAGUGAUGCAGUUGAUGGUCUCGGUGCUGAUGAGUUCAUCGCGACUGGCGAGGAGAAGGGUUGGGCGAAGAAACAUUCGCGAACACUAGAUGUGAUCCUGUGCACUGUGUCCGCUCACGAUAUGCCGUUUGCACAAUAUCUGCGCUUGUUGAAGCGAGAUGGAACUUUUGUGCAGGUUGGGGCGCCGGAGGAUGCCUUGCCGCCGCUCAUGGCUUGGAGUCUGAUUCAGAAAAGUGUGAAGGUUACUGGAUCUAAUAUCGGAUCACCUGCAGAUAUCCGCGAUAUGUUGCGGGUUGCUGCAGAGAAGAGAGUUUUGCCUUGGAUUCAGAGGAGGGAAAUGAAGGAUGUCAAUGCUGCGCUGGGUGAUAUGCAUGAUGGCAAGGCGAGGUAUCGGUAUGUGCUUGAGAAUGGUGUACAGGCCAAGUUGUAA